UGAGCCUCUAGAGGUAAGACCAGAUAGCGGCCAAUAGGGGGCGCAGCUCCUAAUAUCCAGUCAUUGUUUAUUUCAAAAUGACGGAAAACAGCGCGUCACCGGAGGAUCCCUGGCUCAAACAGACGGACGGCGCCUUCAGCGACAACGGCUUCGAUCACAGUUUCUUUGCCGAGAGUGCUCGCAAAGGAAGUUUGGUGUCAAGAGCCAACAGCAUUGGAUCCACAAGUGCCUCAUCAGUACCAAACACAGAUGAUGAAGACAGUGAUAACAGACAUGAGACGCCCUAUAAGGAGUCAUAUAAAGACCGGAGGAGACAGGCGCACACACAGGCCGAGCAGAAACGCAGAGAUGCCAUCAAGAAAGGCUACGAUGACCUGCAGUCUAUAGUGCCUACAUGCCAGCAGCAGUCUGACUUCGCCAUGGCCACACAGAAGAUGAGUAAAGCUACAGUACUGCAGAAGACAAUCGACUACAUUCAGUUUCUCCACAAAGAAAAGAAGAAGCAGGAAGAGGAUGUUUCCACACUUAGGAAGGAGGUGAUGGCACUGAAAAUUAUGAAAACGAACUAUGAGCACAUUGUAAAGGCCCAUCAGAAUAACCCUCAGCAGGGCAGCGAGCAGGUUUCAGAUCAGGUGAAGUUCAGUGUGUUUCAGAGCAUCAUGGACUCUCUGUUCCAGUCCUUCAUUGCCUCAGUGUCAGUCAACAGCUUUCAGGAGCUCUCUGCCUGCGUCUUCAGCUGGAUCGAGGAGCACUGCAAGCCCCAGACGCUGAGAGAGUUUGUGGUGACCGUGCUGCAGCAAGUGAAUGGUCAGCUCUACUGAAGCUUCUCUCAGGCUAAUAUCUUGUUCAAGUACAGCCUCUCUUUCACACCCACAAACACACACUAUGCAGCAGGGUAUAAGAGCACACUAAUGGACUGGAGUGUGUUCAAAAACUCUUUAAGAGAUUUAGUAGCGCCUGCUCAAGUAUUGACUGACAGUGUUUAUGGCAGUGAUUCCAAUCAACAUGUGGAAAUGCAAUUUAUUCCGAUCAGGCAUUUUAUUAAUAAUAGUUUGGAAGGUAACAAUCUGAUCCAAGCUGUUUGCGAUAUUGUUUCUUCACAAACACCUUCAGCUGAAUAAUGAAAUAAUGUGCAAGUUCUGUUCGGUUGACUGAAGAAACACACCUCAGUCCUAAAGUUUAAUCAUUUCUUUUCAGUUGUAUUCAUAUUUUCAAAAGUUUGCAGUGGUGAUCCUAAGAUAAAAUAGCAUCUUGACAGCCACAUGAGGAAGACUCGGCUGUCAAGACAACUUGACACCCCAUAUACUGAUGUGAGAGAUAUGUCUCAAUUUACUGCAUUUUAAACUAGACAGCUGCCUUUGAAUGAUUAAGCUUGGUGUGUGUCACGUUCAGUUAUCAUCUUUACCUCAAGUUCAAGUCAUUUUUCAAAGCACAACUACAUUUUCACCUUAGCGCUGGAAA